UUGUUUAUAAUUUAUUUCUUAUAUGAUAUUAGUUAUUCAAUUUAUCAUUAGAUUUCAUUUUAACUAUAAAUUACGUUGAUUUGUGUUAUUUAAAUUUAAAUUUAUCCAUUUUAUUGUAUAGUACUUAUAUAUAAAGUCUCUUAUUUUGAUGAAUAAGUUUUCUCGUACAAUAUUCUCAGAGCAUGGCAGUUUGCUUGCUGACUUAUAAAGUGUCUGACCUCUGCCUCGGCAAGCCGCCGGUCCGAUCCCUCUCCGCGGCCUCUGCUACAAUCGCCGACGCCAUCGCCGCCCUGAAAUCCUCGCCGGAGCAGACAGCAGUCAUCGGCGUCUGGACCAGCAACACCAAAUGCGUCGGCAAAGUCUCCAUGGUCGACAUCCUUUGCUUCCUCUGCAAACACCACAAUUUGGUUUCCCCUUCUUCCGCCCUCAACUCCCCAAUCCUCUCCGCCGUCUCCCCCCGCCGCGUCCGCCAUGUCGAGCGCUCCUCAAGCUUACUGGAAGCCAUUGAUCUGAUUGUUUAUGAAGAUGUUCAGAGCCUGGUGGUUCCGAUUACGACUAAGAAAUCGACCGCCGGCGGCGGAGGACAAGAAUUCUGCUGGCUUACUCAAGAAGACAUAAUCCGAUUCCUCUUGAGCUCCAUCGCCUUCUUCUCCCCGAUUUCGACGCUCUCCAUCGACGUUCUCGGCAUCGUCUCCGGCCAAUUUCCGAUCAUCAACUACGGCGCCACUGCCUCGUCGGCGAUGGCCGCCGUUUCCCGCUGCCUCGCCGAUCAGACCUCAGUGGCUGUGGUCGACGACGAGGGGAGACUGAUAGGGGAGAUCUCCCCCUCCAAGCUCGCCUUCUGCGACGAGACGGUGGCUGCCGCCGCCGCAACCCUCUCCGCCGGCGAACUAAUGACGUACAUUGACUGCGUCGGCGCGUCGGCGGCGCGGAUGGAGAUGAUCGCCUGCCGUCCGGGGAGUUCCAUGGUGGCGGUGAUGAUCCAGGCCAUAGCUCACCGCGUGAACUACAUCUGGGUCAUCGGCGGCGGCGCCGGCGCGGUUGUUGGGAUUGUUACUUAUGCUAAUAUUUUGAAAGUUUUCCACAGAAAAUUGGAGUCAAUGAUCUGAAGAGUCAGAUUGAUUAGCAGAGAAGUAAUCGUAACUAAGGGAAUCUUCACCUCAUUAAUUAAUUUUUACAGUAAAAGAAAUAGUACUACUUUUUUGUUUUUUAAUGUUUCACUUUUGUAUUAUUUUUCACGUAUAUGUAUAAUAUUUAACUUUAA